CCUUAAAGAAAUAUAUUCUCCAUUGUCAUGAUGACUUUAUCACUGUUUUUUUGAUAAGUCAUUAAUAAACGAGGGUGAAAAUUAGAUAAUCAUGAUGACAUAUCACAAACUUCCUUAAUCAUCAAAACAACCCAUAGCUAUCAACAUAACAAAGUUGUCAAGAUUGUAAUGACAUCAAUGUGGAUGUUUUCGUAUAUAAUGUGUAACUUUUGAUAAAUACGCGCUCAUAAAAAUCGAAAGUGCAUCUAGCGUAGUCAACAUGAUCGUGCUUGCAGUCGUAACUGCUGUAAUUGCUGUGAUAAUAGUGACCAUUUUGGUCAGUUUAAAAUUCUCAUUUACCUAUUGGUCCAAACGAAAUGUAUUCACACUACCUCCAGUAUUGCCUUUCGGCAAUGGCAAAGAUCGGUUUCUGGGUAAAACGGGCAUCAUCCAAGAAAUGGCGAAAUACUACCAAGUGUUAAGGUCCAAACGUCUCAGAUAUGGUGGCUACCACAUGUUCCUCCAAAAUUUGUUCGUUCCGGCCGAUCUCGAUCUGAUACGUAACAUUAUGGUAAGCGAUUUCCACCAUUUUACCGAUCGUGUGAUUUUUGUGGACGAGAAAGUUGAUCCCUUAAGUGCACAUUUGUUUGCGCUCAAAGGUUCCAAAUGGAGGGCUUUGAGAACCAAACUUACCCCACUGUUUACCAGCGGAAAGUUGAAGCUGAUGUUCCAGGCUAUGGUGGGCUGUACCGAAAAUAUCCCAAUCGUCUUAGACGAGUUCGUAUCAAAUGGAGAAUCCAUUGAAAUAAAAGAAAUAUUUGCCAGAUAUACUACAGACAUUAUAGCAUCGGUUGGGUUUGGUAUUGAGAGUAACUGCUUGAAGAACCCGAACAGUGAAUUCAGAAAGUAUGGAAAGAGGAUAUUUGAAAUAGACAUGCCUGCAAGAAUCAGAUUAUUAGGACGUAUUACGUUCCCUAAAUUAAUAAAAUGGUUGAAGAUACCAUUUGCGAAACCAGACGUUCAAAAGUUCUUCAUAGGUUUGGUUAAAGAAACUAUCGAAUUUCGUGAUAGGACUCAUACUGAAAGAAACGAUUUCAUGCAGCUGCUGAUGAAACUGAGAAACGAACAACUCAAGGUGGAAUCAUCUGUCAACGGGUCAAACUCUGGAAGUAACAAUAUUGCUUUCUACCAAAACGGAUUGUCAGUUGAAGACAUUGCGGCCCAAGCCUUCGUUUUCUUCAUUGCUGGCUUUGAAACGUCUUCCACUACAUUGAAUUUCUUCAUGUACGAACUAGCAAUAAAUCCUGAGAUUCAAGACAAGCUCAGAAAUGAAAUUAAACAAGUUUUGGCGAAACACAACGGUCAAAUUACUUACGAAGCUGUACAAGAAAUGACGUAUUUGGACCAGUGUGUGUACGAAACAUUAAGAAAAUAUCCUCCAGUAGCAGUCUUAACAAGAGAGUGUACAAAGACCUACAAAGUUCCUGAUUCUGAUUUAACAAUUGAAAAGGGUACAAGAGUGAUGAUAUCCCCCUUUGGAAUCCAACACGAUCCAGAAAUCUACCCCGACCCAGAGAAGUUUGAUCCCAAUCGAUUUUCCGAUGAAAACAAGAGAAAGAGGCAUCCAAUGUCAUUUCUAUCUUUUGGAGAAGGACCAAGGAUAUGCAUAGGAUUAAGAAUGGGACUUUUGCAGACGAAGGUUGGUCUGAUUGCGAUGCUUAAAGAUUACAAAUUCACUCUUGAUCCCAAGACUAGAACACCUUUGGAAUAUGAAAUAUAUUUGUCAAUCCUUUCCCCAAAGGGCGGAAUAUGGCUAAAUGCUUCUAGAAUAUGAAGAAAUAAAUAAGAGACUGAGUUGGUCAUGCUCAUUUUAUUUACCUAAAUUUUUAUUGAUUAUUGAUUGAUGAUGAGAAUUGCGAUUAGUGUAUAUCGAACAACAUAAAUAAUUGUGGCAUAAUUGUAAAUAUAUUUAAGGCACCUUAGUUAAUAAAUUAUUAUAUUCGUAA